AUGGAAACAAUUCUGGACGUGUUGAAUGACCUCCUCUCACACCAUCGAAUUUUCAGAAUUCUUUCUCUCUCCUCUCGUACAUCCUGCCAUGGGUAUUCAUCUUCUUCAACUUCAUCGAUUCUCCUUCCAUAUCUCUUUAGCUUCUUUGUGAUCCUCUUCCGAUUCUCCAGAUCUGGAGAAGCUGAUGAUGACUCGAGUCAAACAUUUGUUUUUGGUUCCGCUGAAUCCCCUUCUGACAAUACCUCUGUCACUGCUGUUAGAGUACCUGUAGCCAACAUUGACUCCUGUUCUGGUGAAGGGACUGCAAAAGAGGGUCCUGGUAUACUGCUCAACAUUUUGAACUUACAAAGCCAUGCUAUUUUGGAUUUUGGAACUCCAAUACUGGACGUAAAAUUCUUGUUGCAAGAUAAGUUUUCUGCUAAGUCUUCUCUUGAUGCCCUUCUGGUUGAUGUUCCUGAUGUAUGCAGCGAAGUUCCUUGUGUUGAUGAAGAGAGUGCUACGUCAUUCAGCGAGCAACAUGAUUUAGUUAUGAUUGAUAACACAGACUCUACAAUUUCAAAACUCCUAACAGCCAGUUGUGGUGUUUAGAUAGUUAUGACUCUGGCUGCAUGCCUUCAAAUAGAGAGGAAGAACUGCAGGAAUAUAGUACCCUGGAUAUGGGUGCAAGUCUUAUAUGAUAUUAAUGUAUCAUGCAGCACAUGUUUUGAUCUGUAAAUAGAUUUUUAGCUUUAAAAUGUACAAGUAUUAAAAUAAAUGACCUUUACCAUCUGCU